UUUUUUUAUAUAUUAUUAAUGACAUCAUUAGCUGUAAAAUCUAGUCAAACUGAAGGUCAUGUGUUAAUAUAAAGAAACAUUUCAUUCACACAUGAAAACAAAAGAGCAAGCUUGAUGUAGAUCCAUUACUGUCAGGAGAAACACACCUUAUGUGUGUAUACUUCAGCUAAAUCAUAUAGUGUGAUUGUUAAAUAAUCAUUUCAAAUGUGAUGUAACCAUAUAUCAUCAAUGCUGCUUAGCUUAAAUUAAACCAUCAAAGCAUGUAAUGCAUCUAAAAAGUGAAUUUGAAUUUAUGAUGUGUUUAUUAAACAGUAAUAACGUUUUGUUGUAUACUUUAUAAUGUAUUAUAUUAUAUUAAACUGUUGUUCCUAGCUGCUAAAUGUUUUUGAACCGUACCAAAAUAUAUGGUAAACACAGUAUUUUCUGCAGUUUAUCAGUUCAGUAAACUUUGCUACUGAAAACUUUUCUGUAGCCUAAAAUAUAAAGAAGUAUAGGAUGGAUAAAAGCAUAAAAACUGGCUUCUAUAAAAUAUACCAGUGUAACAUACAGGUCAUCUAGGUCAGUCAAUCAUAAAAGAUAAGAGAUACAGGUAAUGUGACGUCAUUCUGGACGCGCUGGAAGUGCCACCGGAGAAACUGCGCGUGUCGGUGUUGAGCUGUCAAUCAAAGUGAAAGUGCGCUGUUGUGACUCAAUAACACAACAGAGUAUCACAUCACAGACACACAAACAUCUGAACAUCAAACCGCUCCUAGUAAAAUAUGGGCAUCGUCUUCUCUCUUUUACUUCGUCCUUCCAAAAAACAGACGAAAUUGCUUAUGCUUGGUCUGGAUGCAGCAGGAAAGACAACAGUCCUCUACAAACUCAAAGUUGGUGAAGUUGUCACAACCAUUCCAACUAUUGGUUUUAAUGUGGAGACGGUUGAGCAUAAGAACAUCUCCUUCACUGUUUGGGAUGUUGGUGGUCAGACCAAAAUUCGAAGCCUCUGGAGACAUUACUAUUCAAACACUGAGGGUUUGAUCUUUGUGGUGGACAGCAGUGAUCUUGAGAGAAUUGAGACAGCAGCAGCAGAACUCAAUAUGAUGCUCCAGGAGGAUGAGAUGAGAGAUGUCGCUUUGCUUGUACUUGCUAACAAGCAGGAUUUACCCAAAGCCAUGUCGAGUCAUCAGCUGGCAGACAGAUUGGGUUUACAUGUACUCAUAGACAGACAGUGGUACGUUCAGCCAACCUGUGCAGUUCUAGGAUCAGGUUUAUAUGAAGGACUGGAAUGGCUCUCUGAACAGCUAACCAAAAGAUAACCAAUGUCAAACUUUAUUUUUCAUCUGUUAGUAGCCUGAACUGUUUGUGAAGAAAAUACGAGAUCCUGAUUUCUGUCCAAAACCGAGUUUUAAAUGAUGCACUUUUCUGUAUGUUACAUUCAGUAUAUUACUGUUACAUAAAUCUGGAGAUUUUGUUUUGUUAUGAAAGGUCUGGCCUGAAUUAGUAGGCUAUAUGUAUUUUAUAUGAAUUUUUGCCUGAAUAUUUUUCUAAUAAAGGACA